ACCAAUCAGAAUCCAAGGACAAGAUCCACUUCCUGUUUUUAUCGCUCGUGGGUAACUUUAACGGAGAGCGACUGUUUUGCUCUGUAGCUCAAAAAUCAUGAAUAUUCUGUGUAAAUCCAGAAUAUUGGUAUCUUCAGUUUGUCGGAUAAGUAGUUUAUUAGAUCAAUUGGCUGUUCCUGGAUGCACGAGUUUGAUAUUCAAAGCCCGGUGCCACAGACUUGCUGUUAAUUUAUCGUCAUGUCAACAACGCUGGCGUUACGGAGCGUGUCUCGGGUGUCCAUUUGAGUCAAAAAGAUGCUACACAGACAGAGGUGAGGGCAGACUCACAGAAAGACCGGAGACAUUAGAGGAAAAGGAGGAAGAUAACAGGAGUAACUCCCAGAUCCAGGGAUUUUCCGAGGUGUUCACUCUCGACGUUCUGACCUCUCUACUCCAUCAAGAAAAUGCUGUGGACCUGUGUGUGAUUAAAGUGCCGGAUCAUAUUCAAUAUGCAGAUUACUUCAUUGUGGUCAGUGGUGUCUCACCAAGACAUAUCCGUGCCAUGGCUCUUUAUGCUAUUAAAGUGUUCAAGUUUAUGAGGAAACACGGAGAUCCACAUGUCAAGAUUGAAGGCAAAGAUGCAGAGGACUGGAUGUGUGUUGACUUUGGUAAAAUGGUUGUUCACUUCAUGUUGCCUGAGACCAGAGAAGUGUAUGAACUGGAGAAACUGUGGAUUUUGCGUACCUAUGACGAGCAGCUGAAGAAAAUCCCUGCAGAGACGCUGCCAGAAGACUUCAUAUUUGAUGCCAAUGAAUUUACAAAAUGACUAUAUUUAAACAGAGCCAGAAGUCAACUAAUUCAUUAAAAAUUUUAGCUGACUUUUUCAGUGAUUUGUCGGUGCAUGUGCUUUUGUAUUAAAUAAAAAAUUUUAACAAGGUCA